AAUAAUCAAUUUUGUAGUUGGAUAGAAAAUACAAGUUACAUUUGAAUAUGAAUUUGAAUUUUCGUGAGAUGAUGAUGAAGAGUAAACACAGGGGACUCGGGGUGAAAGAACUGCUGAAGUGGAGGGCUAUACAACAAAAGGAGAAAAUCCAAAUAGGUGGUGAUUUUAAUUUUACCGAUCCGGAGCCUGAUUAUGAGGAAAGCAAAGCAGAAACGGACUCAACAAUUGGAUAUGUUAAGGCGGACAUUACUACGGAAAAAAUCAAGUUUCCUCCGGAAUACCCAUAUAAGCCUCCUGGAAUCAGUUCAUCCUGAAGGUUGGAAUCCUAUGUGGUCUUUUGCAAGCAUGCUUGGGGAUUCUUUCAUUCAUGUUGUCUUGCCUCACCAAAUCAGAGCUAGGCAUAGUGUGUUCUUGCACUUCAUUCUUUAUGGACAACAGCCCAACCAUCGGCAGUAUAAACACCACCACCACUGGGAAGCAGCGUUUAGCAAGAUCUUCCCUUUCUUUCAAUUGCAAGGCAAUAUUCAGGAAAAUGUUCCUAAGUAUGUGAAGAAGUACAACCAGGAGCAGCAGCUUUCUCAACAAGUUUCUCCCGAGCAGGCAUCAGAAGCGGAGCCCGGCGACACAAGUUCAAAGGCUCUUUUGGAGAAGGGUUCAAAUUCUAAGGAAGAAGGCACAAAAGAGUAG